GUUUCCCACCUGUUGCCACGGACAACGAACUUUGUUGGGGAUUCCGCGAAGCACUGCUAAGCGUGAACAUCAACGUCAGCAAUGGUGAUUUGCAAUGGCUGAAAAAUCCAAAAAUGACCCGCUGUACGGCCCACCCCUGGAUCUGUCAUUCAAGUGCCUCAAUUCGGUGGAAGAAGCCAUGUCUGAGGAACCCCGCGCUGGUCUGCGUCCACUACUACGCUCCCCAGAAGGAAAGGUCUGCAGUAGAGCUGUAAAACUUAAUAAUAAUAUCUUGUCAGAUCUGAGGAACUUCACACAGGUCAUGGAUUUCUUUCUACAGGACAUCAAGUUGCUCUCUUGGAUUGACCUUUCUUUUAACGAUCUCAGUACAAUUGACCCAGUUCUGACUUCUUUUAAAGACUUGAAGGUGCUUUACCUCCAUGGCAAUGGAAUUCCCAAAAUGUCUGAAGUGGACAAACUUGCAGUGCUGCCCCACCUGCAGAACUUAACUUUGCACGGAAAUCCCAUCGAAGGAGAGAAGGGAUACAGGAACUAUAUGAUUACAGUCCUACCUCAUUUAAAAAACCUAGACUUCAGCGGAGUGACGAAACAGGAACGAGGAAUGGCAAAGCUGUGGAAACGGACCUUCAGCCGACAUGGCAAGCGGUCGGCGGAUGAAUAACUUACCUUACAGACCACUGUAGUCAUCUGUCCUUCACGGUAGAAUUUGACCCUAAAUGUUAAAGUAUGUCAGCCCAGUUUUGGAGGGGGACACGGUGACAGUUUAGACAAAGCCAAACUGCUGUCUUUUUUUUUUAUUGUCUCACAAAAUAAUGAAUACUGUAUUCAUUUAGAAAGCAGAUACAAUUUAACAUGAAAAUUCUGAAUAUGGAACUGGAAAAGGUGCUAAAUGCAAGUCCUGUGUUGUCUAGAAUUUGUUCAAAUCAAUGUGAAGAUUAUAUGUAACAUUUUCCUAAAGUUUUGAAGAUUUUACUGGAAUUAUGGUUUAUUUUGGAGAAAACAGAAGCAUAUUGGAUAUGUGCAUCUGAAAUCUGCCAUGUAAUCGUGUAAAGAGUUUCAUGGUUCAAGAACUUUGGACACUCUAUGGACGCUGGAAGGCUUUAGGGCUCGGGAGUGUUAGGUGUGAAAAUGUUAUUGAGAGCCAGGAUAGGAACUGAGGAGCUCCAUUGGAGACCACGUGGAGUAGGAGAGCCAGAAAUAUGCAGGCAAGAAAAAGGGGGCUCACUGGGUUAGAGACUGCACUACGGGGGGCUGUCCUUGUUCUUGACCCACUCUUUGAAUUAACUCUUAAAAUACAGCCUAAAUAAACGAGACAAAAGAUUUGGAAACAUUCAUCUCUCAACAGGCCGGGGAAGCCAUUGUGGCUCCUAGUAUUCAACCCAGCCCCAGUUUUUAAGCUGAUGUCAGUUCCCGAUUACCUGAAUUAACUUUGUUUUCGUACAAAAUGCUGUUUUGCGGUUAUUUUUUUUUUUCCCAAAACCUGCCAUAAGAAACAAUUACAGAGUAAAACCAAAUAAUUCAGGUAGAGCAUCUUUCCACCAUUGUACAUUGCAGCAGAAAUAUAAAAUACGCUCUCCUUAGUUAUCUACAAGCACGUUGUGGUGUCAGUACAUGGGAGUCCAUUCGUUUUCAUAAUCUCAGGUUUCUUCAUUUGAUUCAAAUGUACUUUCUUCUCAGUAACCAAUCAACCCUGACUGACACCAAGCUGCUCGAGUUAAUGUCAGAAAUCUGCAAAACAGAAAGGAAAAAAAAAAAACCAAACACAGCAACCACCGAGUACUGUAAGCCCUGAAAAGAAAAAGCAGAAGAAGAACCCGCGAGCAGCUAGUGACAGAAUCAUUACUUGGUUAGGGACUUCCUGUUUGGUGAAGUUUCUUGUGCUUACAGAAGAUUUUUUUUUUGUUGUCAUGCUUUGUGCUGAUCACACCAGAAUGGCAACCGCCGGUCUCUCUUAAUUAAAAUUUGUAAAGGGUCGCCUAAAAUUUGUUCACUUCAUUGGUGUGUUUCACCGCGUCCACAUUAAAAAGCCAAUUCGA